AAAUUCAACUCAAUUUGCCAUUUCCUUCAAUUUCAGUGAGCGGCUUCGUUGAACUUCGUUCUAUUCCUACUCUUGGUUGCGCCGGUCCCGUCCAAUUGUAUAUUCACAAAAACGUUUCAAUUAAAGUUUAAUACUUGAAAAUGUCUGUCCAAACGUUGCUGCUAGACUUCUCGAUCGACCCCGCCCGCCUGGGAGACGAGAUCGGCCAAAAAACAGUAUUCGGGCAGUUGGAAACCGUGCUGAAGGAAUACAUUCCGAAUCUUAUUUUAGCCACCGAGUUAAAGCUGGAAGGUGGAUCUUUGAAGCUGUUGACUGGCAAGAAGGGUUCUACGGUGUCUGUGAGACUGUUUGACCGUGGCCUUGUCACUGUAAACAUUGAAUAUUAUAAGGAGGAGAACGAGGAACCAUUAAUUAACCUCAAGUCGGCGAGAGUAUUGGAAAAUCAGCUGAAAAAAUACAUCAAUAUUAUUAAAUCGCAAGCAUACGCGCCGCUAAAGCGAUGCCUCUUCGGCAGGUACUAUCCGACAUCGGACGAUCGCCUACUAGAGUACGAUAUCGAUGCUGUAAUAUUCGAUGAACAGUCGCCUUUCCAAAGAGUUCAAAUCGUCCAUUCCAAGACUCUCGGCAAUAUGUUGGUGCUAGAUGAAUUACAAAAUAUCUCGGAGGCUGAUCUCAUUUAUACUGAAACUUUGAUGCAAAGAGGCAAGGAGAGUUAUGAAGGGAAAGAAAUCGUCAUCUUAGGUGGCGGCGAUGGAGCUCUUUUGUACGAACUCCUCAAGGAGAAACCAAAGUACGUGUGGAUGCUGGAAAUUGACGAGGUUGUGAUGACUGCUUGCAACAAAUACUUGCGGUCAAUAUGCGGGGAUGUGCUGGAGACAAGAAAGGGCCCUAACUAUGAAGUAAUUUGUUUAUUUUGUUUGUAGUAGUGUAGUGUUUGUCAUUGUACCAUUAUCACUAUCAUUAUACCAACAACAAGACGUCUACUGCUGAACACAUAAUAAUAUCGACCAGAAGAGUCAGGGAAAACCCUGGACUUCCAUA